AGGGCCACAUCUCCAAACUUUCAGUACAUCAAGGACAAGGAAGCAAAUCCAAUCCCGUGAAACCAACCGACUCCAUCUAGAUCUCGUCAUGGACACGUGCAUCCCAUCAUGGCCGUCUAUAUUUAAUCCGUAAUAUCUCACCGUCCAGACAAUCUUCUUCUCGCCAUAUAAAAUCAACCGUUGGCCGCCUGAUGGGUUAGAAAAUCUCCAGAUCUUGGAAAUACGAAGCAAAAAAUAGGAAGAAGGAUGGAUUUCGAAGCAAUUUAAUCUAAUUUUUCGGUUUUAGAUUGAGAACAAAAGGAAGCAAAAGAAAUUAACGGAUCAAUAAUUCUUUUGAAUCUGGCGACAAAUUUCAAUUCUAAAACUGAAAAAUUAGGGUUUGUGUUUUCUUUCUAGAGUUCUUUGAUUCUUUUCUUGGGUGAAAGAACAAAAAAAAAAAAGAACGCGAUGAAUGAUCAGUCUCAACUGAUGAAUCAGCCACCUCAAAUGAUGAUGAAUUCCGUUCAGGUACAAGUUCCGGUUCAGCCACAGAUGAUGAACCAGUCUCAUCAGUUGAUGGCGGCGGCGGCGGCGGCUCAUUCUCAGGCGAUGAACCAGCUGGCUGCGGCUCAGGCUCAGUCGCAGCCGAUGAGCUCCGGUCCGCAGAUGAUGAAUCAGCCACCUAUUCCGAUGAUGUUGAAUCGAAGCUACAAGCCUUGGCAAUCUCAGGACCCAAACCCUAACCCUAACCUUGGCAAGAAAUUCCCUUCUUUCAAUCGUAAUAACAAUUGGAAGGGCAAGAAAGUCACCGCUGGUAAAGAUUCCAGAAAGUUCGAUAAUAAGCCUUUACCCAUGGCCUCUGUUUCUGCAAUUUCCUCUGUUUCCGCUGCUUCCGGUAGUAGUACUCAAGGGUACAAACCUCCAACUCUUAAUGAGCUCCAAUCUCAGAAUCGGUUAAAAGCCAGGAAAUUCUACGGCAACAAGAAGAAAUUCAAUAACAACAACAAUCGGUUUGCCCCCUACGCGCCGCGGAACACGACCUCGUUUAUAAUCCGAGCGAAAAAAUCAGGUGGGAUAGCGUCCUUGGUGUCUCCGUGUCCGGUGACGCCUGCGGUGCUUCCAACGCCGAUAUUUUCACCGUCGCGGGAGGUUUUGGGUGAUAUGGCGAAGGAAGAAUGGGGUGUGGAUGGUUAUGGGUCGAUGAAAGGGUUGAUUCGGCUUCGAUCACCGGAAGUUGGUCAUGAUGAUGAGGAAGAUGAGGAUGGGGGAAAUGGUGGGGGAUCGAGUGAGAGCGAUGUGGAAGAGCACGUGGAGGUGGAGAGGAGAUUGGACCAUGAUUUGAGUAGGUUUGAGAUGAUAUAUCCAAGUUAUGGAGGUGAUUAUAACAAUGUUUUGGAGAAUAGAGUUGAUGAUCAAGAUACCCAUAUAGCUCAACUGGAAGAAGAGAAUUUGACAUUGAAGGAAAGGUUGUUUUUGAUGGAGAGGGAAUUGGGAGAUUUGAGGAGGAGGUUACAGUUUUUGGAGAGGCAGAGUCAGGUAGUGGAAGAUGUUAAUGAGGAGGUUGUGGAGAAUGGGUCUGAUAAUGAGAGUGAGGGCGGAGGUUCUGAUGUUAGGGUGGUUACUGGUGCUGCUGAUCAUAAUAAUGUGCACAUGGUUGAGUUUCCCGCUGGAAAAAGUAGAAAUGUUGAUGUUAUGGAGGAGGAUAAUAGUGGUGAAAUGCCUCAGAAUGAAGGUCUAAGGGAUGCUAGUACGGAUGAGAUUGGAGCGGAAGGUGAUGUUGCAAGAGAAGGUGAGCUGAAAAAUGAAGGAAGAAGGGAUGAUGAAUUGAAGGGUCAAGUUUUGAGGGAGGAAAUAUUUCGAGACAAGGAAAACGAGGUCAAGGGUGAUGAACCAGGAGGCAGUGAGUUUGUAGGGGAGAAGAUGGUUGAAGAAGAGAAAGGUGAGUCCAGGUGUGAAGAAGCAAGGAAUGAGUCUGCUGACAACAAUGAAACAAGAAACGAGGAAGUGCACUCAUAAAGAGCAUUGGCGACGGUGACUAGUUAAACUGUCCCUCGUUAAUGUAAGUUUUUUCUCUAAACGUUGGUGCUUGGGCAUGUUUUGAUUAUGGUUAUUGAAACAUGCAACUUCUGGAUAUAUGCGGUCUAAGUAGAUUUGUAGUUUAGUUCUUAUUGUUCUUUUGCAUUUUGUUAGUUCGACAGGGAAAAGAGAGGAUGAAUUGGUUGUUCUCCUUUCCUUUCUCUGCCCUAAAUAUGAUUUAGAAAGUAGGCAUCCUUCCCAGCUUUCUUUUUCUUUUUGUCCUUUCUUUUUUGUUCGGAAAGGGUGAGAGGGGGUAGUGGGUGUAUUUUGUUUAGCUGGUAGGGGUUUAUCCCUGAAGGUUCUUUCCUUUACAGGCAUAUAUCUGUAUCAAUUUCACCUUCAUUAAGUUUGAAAAAGAACCUUCCAGUAUGUAAGGUAAAUUUGUGACUGAUGUACUUGCACUUCUUUUGCUUAAUGUCCUAAAACCUCUUUAACAUAUUUAUCUAUCAUUCUACUCAUUUUAAUUUUAAUUUGAGGAAUUUCUUUUACACUGUGUAUAAGCUUAUUUACUAACACAAGUAUUCUCUUUUCCUAUGUCUUAAUUACAAACUUAUUUUUAAAUUAAUUUGCCUUCUUAUGGGAUUUAUAUGUGGUAUUCUGGUUAUGUUUUUGAAUUAACAAAGUUGACAUCUGAUUAACUUGUCUUCUGUUAUUUAUUAUAGAAUGUCAUUUUUUUUUAACGAUAUUAUAAUGAGCUUUCCCCUUGUUAGCAUGCUGAACUUCCCUCUUCACCAUAUGGGUAAGUAUAUUUAAACUUGUUAUUUCUGCUUGAUUCUGAAUUGUUACUGCAGAAAUUAGGUAAUCAGAUUUAUGAUUUUGAGACUGUCCACUACUCUGUUAAUUGAUUAAUUUGUUUUACGGUAGAGGUAAUUAUCGUACAACUCUGCCAGCAAGAAUUGCUCAAUGGAAGACAGUCUUUUCUAUGUCUAAUUUUCCAUCUAAAGUUAGUUGCAUGUUUCAUCUCGAAAGUACUUUUCUAGUAUUAUUGGUCAUGGUUAUUGAAGCAUGCUUUCCAGUCUAAGUUGUGCAGACUGGAAAGGCUGCUUCAAAAACCCAACUUCUGGAUAUGCUCAAUGCGCACAUCAUCUCGAGAUGAUGCUUUGUAUUAUUGGUACUUUUAAUUGGGUUUUGGGAAUGGAUGAAGAAGCUGUGCAGAUUGCAGGUGUAAGUAUUCAAAUGGUAAGACCUGAAUCUUGGUAACUGUAGAAGCUUCAUCUGUUUCAUCAGCCACAAAUCUUCUUACUGUUCAGUUGCAGACUUUGGACGUUUAGUAGUUUCUUUUGUUAUUACAUAUUAUUGAAGUUGUAGCCAGUUAUAAAAACCGACUGAGCCUCCUUGUAAUAGUAUUCUUGUUUGAAUGUGAAGAAUUCUUUCUUUUUUUUGGUAAA